CACUGCUACCUCAGUUAGCGCUCUCUCUCUCUCUCAACUCUCUCGACUCAAGAGCAAAAUGUGUAGAGGGUUUGAUUCUCUGUAUCCUUAAAAUAACUUCAAUCUGAAUCCUUCCGUAGUUUUUUGAUUCUGUGAAUCGAUCUAGUUGAGUUCUUUGAAUUGGAUUUCUAUGUUUUAGAUUCCAAGGAUUGUUAGGGUUCCUUUUAAAGAUCAUUUGAAUGAAAUGAAAACUCUUCUUGAAAUUCUUCCUUCUUCUUCUUCCAUGGGACAACAAUCUGUUGGAGAGUAGUUUUCAGUUGGAAAUUGGAAUCCCACCUCAACCCUUGGUUUAGGACGAAAAGGUAGAUUAGUUUCAGGGAAUAAAUGGAUCCUUUAUGUGAUUUCUGCGGAAUGGUGAGGGCAGUAGUCUACUGCAAAUCAGAUACAGUUAGUCUUUGCUUGGAAUGUGAUGGGUUUGUGCAUUCUGCUAAUGCAAUCUCACAGAAGCACCUUCGUUCUCUCAUUUGUGACAAUUGCAACUCGCAGCCUGCAGUGGUUCGGUGCGUUCAAGAUAAACUGUCUCUAUGUGAGAGCUGCAGCAGUGACGGGAAUUGCUGCUCAGGUUGUGGACAUCAUCUUCAGACAAUAAAUUAUUACUCAGGAUGUCCCACUGUGGCAGAGCUCUCAAAAAUAUGGGCUUCUAUCCUUGAUGCUUCAUUCCCACAGGAAGAUGUCAAUAAACUCAAUACUAGCUGGGAACAACAAGGCAUGUUGUCUAUGGAUGAGAAUGCCAUGAACAACUGUUGGGAAACUAGACAACAUGGGUUAGUGGUAAACACAGAGCAGAGUGAGCUGGAAUCUGGUCUUCCAUCUGAAUCUUGGAUAGAUUCAUCUUCAGAGGUUCCUCCCAAAGAAAAAUUGGGACUGUGUGGAGAAGAUAAACCACCAUCACAACCUGCGAACUCAGAUUUGGCAAAGGUCUGUUCUUCACUGAAGGAUCUUGGAAUUUGUGAUCUCAGUGACCUUUGUGAUGGUUUCAACAUUGAUGAUGUCGACUUAAUUUUUGAAAAUGACACUGAGAUAUUUGGGUGCUCACAAAGUCAUCCCAGUUAUGUUUUUGAUGACGUAACAGUGGGUUGCUUAUUUAUGGACAAAAACUUCUCGGUUGCUGAUUCCAGUGGUCCCAAUGAGGAUACCAUAGAGGCAUCAUCAUCAGGGCAACGUGACUGUCUGGCCAUUCAGUCUUCUUCUGCUGCCGGGUUGGCCUCUAUGGUCCAGGCUGUGAAUAGUGGAACAGAUCGAGUACUUCUAAUUCCUGGUGGUAGCAGAAGCAUCAACAUAUGUUUUCCAACGGGACAAGUCCAUUCAAGCAUGUCCAACCUUACUAGUGAAAGUAGUGUUGUUGAUUAUCAACAUUGUGGAGUAUCACCAGGGUUUUUAACAAGUGGAUCACCAUGGGAUUUGAAUUUCGAAGGCACUUGCCCACAGAUAAGGGACAAAGCGAAGCUCAGAUACAAUGAAAAGAAGAAAACACGCACGUUUGGGAAACAAAUAAAAUAUGCUUCCCGAAAAGCCAGAGCAGAUACCAGAAAGCGCGUGAAAGGUAGAUUUGUGAAGGCAGGUGAAGCUUAUGACUAUGAUCCUCUCAAAGCAAGAAACUUCUGAGACAGAUUACAGAUCCUUUUUCCUACACAACGCAUCUCCUUCUUUAUUAAGGAUGGCCAGGAUCAAGAAGUUGGUGGCAUCACAGUUUCCUUUAUGCUCCCCUACAUGAAAUGUAAAAAUAAAGAAUAUCCGUUGGCUGUUGCUACUUGGUCCUCCUCUGUAUUUUGAGCAUCCUUCAUCGGACAAAGAGAACAACUUUGUGACUUCAGAUAGGUUGACGCAAUUGGAUUUUCUGAGCAACUAUUAGGUACAGAAUGGAUCCCUCUGCUACUGCAGGUAGGAGUUCCUCGGUGGUGCUGAUCAACCUGCUCUUUGAGUGGAUUCCUCCUCGUGCAGUCCUUUUGAUUGAUUUUUGGAUAGAUAAUUAGAUGAAACAAGAUAUGCUUCUUUUGUCCUACAAAAAAGAGCUGAUAUCUUUUGAUGCUGGUGAGGGGUGAGAAAUGUGAUUAUUCAGCAUAAACUCGAUCCAAAUGAAAUGGUGCACACGCCAAGUGAAGGCAAUGAAACAAUUGAGAUCAUCGGAAAAAAGUAUUAAAAAUCAAUCACAAGGAAAAUAAAGGAUGAUUCUGUGAGGUAACAGUCUGAAUGUUCUGGGAUAAAUAAGGGUGCCAAAACAGUUGAGAUCGUCAGAGCAUUACUGAGAAAAGUUGUACAUUAUCCAUGAAAAACUAUGAGCACAGAACAGUUGGUCAUUUGCCCAAGGAUCUUCUUCAGCUGAUAAAGGCUUGGCUUUUGUCCCUUCCAAAAAAUUUCUGCGUGAACAGAACCCAUGUCUUUGGACCUAGUUCUUCCCUGAUUAUCCGCGUGGUGCAUUUCAAAUUCAAAAUUUAAUGUUUCUAACUCAAUCAUCCUAUAAGAGAUCCCAAGAGGUUUCUUUAAAGUUGUACAUAUGGUGGCAAUGAAAAAGCUGCCUCCAGUCAGUCAGUCCUGAUGAUUCUAUGAUUCCCCCAUUUUUUGAACAUCACAUCCACUUCAACCGUUUCUAGAAUGGAAGGCAAGCAAGUCUCAAGAUUCGUCUGAUGAUACUAAUUCUCAAGUGGUUCAGAGAUUCUGGAUGUGUAGGAGAGAGACUAAGAAAAUCUUGUGCUAUAAAUUAAUAAUUUUGACAAACUUACGGUGGAAAAUUUCUCAAGGAGAUGAAGAGAGGGGCUUCUGUUGUGAACUUUUAGCUUCCUCAGAAAUUGAAUGGUGUUGGAUGAUGCAGAUUCCAAAGAAAACUCCACUGAAUGUGAGUGAGAGAAUGAUGGAACACCUGAGCUAAUAUUGUGGUGAUGGAGAAUUUCCUCAUCAUGCAGAGAAGUCAUAAGACUGUGAACAAGAAAGUAGCCAGGAAAAAAAGCCCGGCAAGCUUGAGAAAACUAUAAAUGGAAAGAAGUUAAGCACUGGGAACUUUCCUGUCUCCUUUAACCUUUCCUUUCCUAUUCCUCUGACUGUUAUGUAGGAUAAUGUCGCCCCUGGUAAAACCAUUGUCCUUAGAUUCCAGUUUGAUGCUCUACUAAAAUUCAUUUUUCUUCUCCAAGUGGGACUACAGGUCUCUCUCUCUCUCUCUCUCUCUUGAGGUCCUCAGAUGCCAGUUUGAUGCUCUACUCAAAUAAAUUCAUUUCUCAUCCCCAAGUGCGACUACAACCUACAGAUACAGAAGUUUAUAGACUGGAGAGAAGAAAUAUUGGGAAUGGGAAUGAAGGACGGAAUGUUAAUGUUGACACCAUACUUAUCAGAUCAUGGUCCAACAUUAUCUUUAGCUGUUUCAUGGUGGUUUACUCAAACCUUGCAUUCAAUUAUGGGUAACUAUGGCGGUUUGGAAAUCAUCAAACAGAGGGACUGCCAUUGUAAUUUGAGCUGAUUGACUUCCUCCUGUGGAUCCAGAAAUCACAUUGGACUCGUGGAAGGAUUUUUGCAAAGUAGAUGGGAUUAGCAUAGCAUUAGAUACCCCUCUUAAAUUUUUGGUGAACUCUAUUCAUUGGCCUCACAUAUCUACCUUGAGAUUUACUUUGGUUACUGUGAUAUUAUAUUCUGAUCCAGAGCAAAUCAAGAAGCUGCACAAUCUGUGUUUUAUGGUGCAUUCCCUAUGAUUGGAAUUGUACAUUUUGAUCACUCAUUCACAUAUUAAAACAUAUUUUGAAAGAAUUACCUCAA